AUGACUGAUUAUGAGUGAGCUUAAAAAGCAAAUUUCCAUCUAAAAAAGUGCGCGAGACGUUUCAGAGACCCCCGUCCAGUGCGGAUCAAAAGACACAAGCUUUGCGUCGUCGUGCCGUAUCGUGACCGACUUCAGGAGCUCACCGAGUUCUCUCCGCACAUGGAAGCGUCAGUUUCAUUUGGAUUUCAGCAUGAGCCGUUUUUUCCAGAUUUCUUCUCAAGCAAAAUGUCACUCAUCACAUUUUGAUUGUCAAUCAGACAGAUUCGUUCCGCUUCAACCGAGCAUCAUUGAUAAACGUGAGAUCUCCUCAGUUCCUUCGUUUCAUCUACAUUCGUCAAUCGUUGCAGAUAGGAUGGAAUGAAGCGGAUCGUCUCGGUUGUGACUACAUGGUCAUGAAUGACGUCGAUCUUCUUCCGGUCAAUCCAGAAGUCCCGUACAACUUUCCGGGCGUGGGCGUCAUCCGGCACAUCACAUCACCCGAGUACCAUCCAAAAUAUCACUAUCCGAAGUUUAUUGGUGGAAUUCUGAUGCUCACGUUGGAAGAUUACCGAAGACUGAACGGAAUGUCCAACAAAUACUGGGGAUGGGGACUCGAGGACGAUGAAUUCUAUUUGCGAAUAAUGUGAGAUCCAUAUUAUCGCUUUUUCAAAAACUAGCUUAUUUUCAGAGACAGCAAACUGAAUUUGACUCGAGUGUCGGGACUUUCGACGAACAGUUCGAACACAUUCCGUCAUAUUCAUGGUCCGAAGCGGAAAAGAGAUUAUACGGCGAAGAAAAAAGAUCAGAAGCAGUGGGAGAUAAAACGAAAACGAGAUCAUGUAAGUUUUCGAAAAAUCCGAAACGGCUCCCGUGAUUAUCAGUGUUUCCACUCCGACUUUUGCAGAUAUCCGGUCUCGGAAACGUCCGCUACAUGAUAAACAGUCGGCGGUUGCUCGAGUUUUCCGGCACAACGGUCACUGUUAUCGACGUUUCGUUGCUUUGCGAUUUGAGCUGGACACCCUACUGCAAACCAUAG